CUUAAUCUCCAAAUUUGAUCUCGGUAAUAACAAAUAACGAACUCAAUCGGUAAAGGUUAUUUUGACUGAAAUGUCGUUAAAAUUUGACAGUUCAUCAAAAAUAACUUGUCAAAAAUAACGAAUUUCGGUUAUUUACGUUCAUUGCUGAUUAUCGGCAAACUUUUUUGCCACAGCAAUCGGCAAUCCUAUCGAGUUGCUGAAUUUCGGUAAAGUGCAUCUGUCAAAAGUGAAAACAAACCGCGUUGCCGGCUGCCAUCUUAGAAAAAGGAAAGGAACAAGGAUUUUUGAAGCUGAAAUGAUUCUCUUCGUUAUUUUGAAGAUGGAGCGCAGCAGGAAGAGUGCCGGAUUCUCGCUCCAAAAACGUGCCAGUGUGUUUGCUGCCGGACUUAACCAGCAGAAGCUAGUAGCCCAAAAACAAAAUGGUCCGUACAAGCAAACCAUCGGAAUAAAGGCCGCCCGCAAAAGUGCUCCCUCGACCGGCAGAGCCGCAUCUUUACCGGUCGGAACGUCUACGAAAAAUCCGUCGCUACCAAAAGUCCGUUGUCGUUCCAGCGCUCGGUACGUGUUUUUAAGACGGAUCUGCGCUUCGAAUGUGCCACCGUUGCUGCCCUGCAGGAAGCAAGCGAAGCGUACCUGGUCGGACCGUCGGAGUGUUCGAGGACACCGCCUGUACGCGAUUCACGCCGAGAACGUCACCAUCACGCGGAAGCGUACGAGGAGUAGGAGCGUAGGAGGAAGUGAUCCCGGAAGAAGUGUGAAAUUGUGUUUUUAUCAUUGUGAUUAGUUAAAUGAAGAAACCAUUUCGAAUUAGAAAAAAAAUCCAGAAAAUGUAUAUUUUUCGUUU